AAAUAAAUUCAUGUCACUUAUCUUACCACCCUAAAGAUCGGUCAGUGUGCGGAAGGGAUAUGUGCGUAUAGACAAUAACAAUUUUUCUUGAAGGGUAAAAGUAAUCUAUUGACUUAACUGAAUAAUAUUCAGCACAACUAUAAUCUUCCGUUUUCGAGAUCCAAACUAACAAUCGCCGAAUAUGAAGAAUUGGAACAGUGGUAUAGGUUAUGGCUUUUCUGCCAUAAGAUCGAUGAUGUGGAUCCUUGGUGUAUGGCCUUUGCAAAAUGGUGUAAUUUACACUGUUCAAUGGCUUGUAAUGUUCACGGCAACGUCUCUCACAAUGAUGAACGUGCUGAUAGAACCUCUCAAGAACUGCGACGUUCCUAGAGACGGUUUGGAAAUUCUUCGUCUAAUAGAAAGCUGCAUACAUGGUUGGAUAAAUAUUGUUUUUUCGCGAAUUUACAUGAGAAAACUCGCCAUUAAUAUCAAUUCCGCGAUUGACGAUUGGUUGAUUUCGUUCACGAAAAAAGAGUUCCGUGUGAUAAUGAUGGCGUAUGCUCGUACGGGAAGACUGGUCAGCCUGACUCACGUGAGCGUUGCAUCUAUUGGGAGCAUCCUAUGGUUCGCAUCUGUCUUCCUCAGUAAUAAAGAGAAGGUCUCGACUAUAGAUAACAACACUGCAUGGAAUUUUGUCCUUCCAUCAACGUGUAUGUACAAAGGAGUUUCAUAUUCCACGUACAAGGCACUCUAUGUUAUGCAGAUUGUACAAGGAUUUCUAAUAUUAAUAUCCGAAUGCGCAUGUGACAACUUUUUUUUCAGCAUCACUAUGCAUCUCUGUGGUCAAUUGGAGCUUCUUAGAAUACAAUUCAUAGAGAUCUGCGGGAAGCGCGAUGGUGAGAAACAUCGUUGGAAUAUUCUCGGACCACUGGUCAAAAGGCAUUGUCAGCUGAUAGAACUGACUAGGAAUAUUGAAGACGCUUUCAAUAUCAAUAUUUUGAUACGCCUUUCAAUAAUUAGUGUUGUUAUUGCAGCUUCAGGGAUAGGAAUUAUCCUGUCAUUCAAUAGUCACGAUUACAAAGAAAUGAUAAAAAUGGUGAUGUCUGUUCAGUUUUAUCUAGUACAGACCUUUUUAUACACGUACGCCGGUGAUAUCUUGCAGGAUAGAAGUGAAUCGAUCAUUUACGCCAUAUAUAGCUCUACGUGGCAUGAAAUGUCACCUAUCAUGGUGAAGGAUCUGAUAUUCAUUAUGAUGAGAAUGAAAAUCCCUCUUCGAAUCAGUGCCGGAAAAUUUUUCUAUCUCGCACGAACCACUAUGACAGAUCUCCUAAAAACCACUUUAUCAUAUAUAUCGUUCUUACAGGUGACACUUAAUAAAUAA